AUGCAAGCUGGGCUUUACGUUGGAUCAGUUGUAUUCAUACUGAUUAUUGUACUUAUUUUAAUGAAAUGUAAUGAUCAUUUUUCGCAUUUUAUUAUUGAAGUAGCUUCCGGUAUUAAAUUUAUUGACGCACAAAAUCGCAUACCUGAACAACUUGAUGUGUAUGAUAAACAUAUAGAACUGAUCAAUGGUCGUAAAAGAAUUUACCUGUUUGUCGUAUCGAUAUUAACAACAUCGUCACUUUCAGCUGUAUCAAUUAUUUUCAUUCAAGGAUGCAUAUUUGCUGGUGAAAGGGUGUAUCCCAGCGGUGCUUGUCCAACAUCUGGUGUAUUAGAUUGUUUUAAUGACGUGAUUAAUGUGAGAUUUCAAUGUGUACCAAAUAGUAUAGUCGAUUUCAAUAUCUCACAAGGUCAGUUUGCCUGGUGUUAUGGAUGGAUUGCUUUGAAUCAAACAACAGAUAGCGUGCUUAAUCAAUUAGGAAUAUGCGGCGGGUUACUAGGGGUGAUUAGUGUAUGUCUGCGCAUCUUUUUCAGUUUACUAAAACUAGUUUAUAAGGAAAGUAAAAGCAGAAACAUAGCGGCCGGGUUGACAUCAAGUGUGGUGACAGGACUGGUACCGUCUGGAGGAGAUCUUGUCUCAGAAAAUAACACCACGUGUUCUCUACAAGUGUUAGUACCUUGUUUUUGGGGCUAAAAGGGUUUAAACGUCCUUGGUUGAUCCGUUUAUUUGUGUUAUUCUAUUCGUUGACCUGGGUAGGCAUAUGGUUAGCUGCAAUUAUACCUGGAAAAAAUAAUCUAAGUGUUUUGACAUGGGUGAUACUAGCUGCACUGUUUGUGGCUUCGUAUUUUGUAGUUUUAUUGGCGCAAGCUAAGGAAGCCGAUCAGCCCCUUUUGAAGAGAGAGGAUUCUAGCAGCCGUCAAGCAUGCGUAUCGCUAAUUUCAGAAACAAAACCAAGGGCACGUGAAACAAAGGCAUCAGAAAAGUCGAAAAUCACAGCUACUAUUGAUAACACUACAUUUUAAAAUAUUGUGCUUAAUUGCGUGGUUCAUUUUGAAUCUAAUGUACACUUAGCUGUAAGCCUUUUACUAUUUAUGUUUCGCCCUUCAGGGAUAUAAAUAAAAAAAAUGUUAGCUGACUCACUGGAUGUCGAGAGUGAUAAUUAGCAUCCCAUUUGUCUUAGGUUCGAUCCCUGAAUGGAUCGGUGGAGUUUUUUCAGUUGUUUUUUGUAGAACUUAGAUGCGCUGCUGACGCUGAUUAACUUAAUGAGCAGUUGGCAGUUCGCAAACAAACUUUUCACAACAAGAAGUUCAUAAGACUUCUUAACACUUUCUUAUGAAAUUCUUAAGACUUUCUUAUCAGAUUCUAAAAAGAUUCUUUAGGAUUCUUACUUGAAUUGAGCGUGAGUCAAUUUUAGAGGGAACGUAGUAUUAGUUUAUAUUUUGUGAAUAAAACUAGACGUCGCCGAACCCUUCACGAAGAAAACUAUUUAAAUUAAUAUAAUUACUAGUCUUUUCAAAAUCGAUAAAACUUAUUGUGUCUUUUCUUUUGUAUAUCUUAUAAGAUCAUAGGUCUUUUGUAAGUCUGGUGUCACAUCAGAAGAUUUUUUAAGGUAUUCAUAUGUCGAUUUUGGUCUAAGUAUAUCAAACUUUUGUUAGUCUACUGCUUUGAUGAUCAACCGAAGACUUACUCCAGUGUACUUAGCAUUAUUACUUCUCAGAGGACAUUCGUUUCUAAAUUGAUUGAAAUAAUGUUGAGUUACGAAGAAUACAUGUAAUUUUUAAACGAUAUUUAUAGUCGUACGUAUGAAAAAUAACUUAACAUAUAUAUAUAGAAAGCUUUUUAGAUUCUAUUGUAAGAAAGAAUUAUUUACGCACAGGUUAUUAUUGAUGAAAAAGAAAAAUAAUUUGCUAUAAAGCGACAGCAAUUUAUAUGCUGAAUCAAUAAUAGGUGUUGUUGACAUUAUGUUUUAUAAAAGAAAGAAUGAGAAGAAGCUUAUAUACCAAAAAAGCUAGUAAUUAUUAAAAUCGCUAAAUGUCUCACAAUUUCGAACAAAUUGUCUCAGAAAUUUUGUCAAAUAUUCUCAUGAGUGUAGAAAUUAUAAAGUUUAUCCAUCUGCUAUGAACGAUUAUUUAGUGAACCAAAUUUAUUGUCAAUUUCGUAACAUAAUCAGGCAUAUGUUCAGCUAUUUAAGAGAGAGUCCGUGAGAAAAUCGAUCACAUCAGCCGGAGCUAAAAUUUUCUUUUUAUUCUUAGUAUUCUAGUUCGAAAGAGCUCAUCGAAAAACUAAGAAAUCGAAGAUAUCUCGCCUUUGUAUACAAAGGCGAGAUAUCUUCGAUUUCUUAGUUUUUCGAUGAGCUCUUUCGAACUAGAAUACUAAGAUUAACUUAAUUAUCAAAUUCGUAAACAAUUGUAGCAUUAAUUUAAGAAUACUAAGAAUAAAAAGAAAAUUUUAGUUCCGGCUGAUGUGGUCGGUUUUCUCACGGACCCUCUCUUAAUGGUUGAAGGUCAUAUCAUCAUCACAUGUAAUUUAUUCUUUGUUGUAUAUAGUGUGAAUCCUAUUCUUUUCUGUUUGUAAUUGCAUCACGUUUCAUUGUAUAUCUUGUAAGUUUUCGACUCGGUCGCUUGGUUGAAAAACAAAUACUUAUAGACGUUUGCAUCGUAUUCUUGGUAGUUUAUUUUUUACGAUAUACAAAUCACAUUGGAGCAAAUGUCGUAUUCUAUCCAACAACAGCUAUUUGACUCCAGAUAACUUCAAAAACCAAUGAAAUAAACCGACACUUAAAAAUAGCUAAGUGUCACUGUAAGUGACGAAAUGACACUCCAAGUGACGAAGUAUUACUUCCGGUGAAGAAGUAUUGUCACUCAAAGUGAGAGACACUUUAAAGUGUGCAGCAAAACUAGAGGUUAUUUCCCCUUUGGUUAUUGCUCACACUUGGUUAUUGUCAAAAAAUUUGCUUACUCCAUACGGAGCAGCAUGAUGCAAGGACGAUCGUUUAUGAUAAUUUUCUUUCAAAAUCAUUUUACUUACAAGACGACUUCUUUUAUAAUCACUAAAGAAAAUCUUAGCACGAGUCGUUAACACAAAUUCCUUAGUUCCUAGAGAGCUCCAACAGAGUCCUUUGGAAAACAAUGAUAUUUUAUCCAAUACUUAAAUUUUAUGUUGAGUCUUACUUGCACAUCUACUCCGACAGCAUUCUAAAAGAAACAAAGCAAAUAAAAUAGUCCAUAUUAAUCGUCUAAUUGUGUCUAGGAAGUCAGCGCGGAUUGCUGCAAAUUUCGAUAAUUCCCCGCAGAUUGCAAAGUUUCCAAUUCUAGCUGACAUAUCGAAUGGUGUUUCUCCUGUCUUUGAGUACUGAUCAUUUAUUCCACCGUGAAUUAUCUUGACCAGUUGCUCUUUUUUGAUUACUCUUUUCAACUUCAUCCAGUAAUGCUUUUGAAAAUGAACAAGAUUUAAUCUUAUUCGUUCUCAAUACGCUUCGUUUUCAAAAAGCGGACUGCAUCAGUACUUAAAUGUUCUUAUAUAUAUUUACUUUGUGGAAUAUGGAAUUGAAACACUUCUUUCGAAGCUGAUACGUUUGUCUCUCACAAGUAAAUGUGAAACAUACAUGUCGCAGAUAACCACAAACAAACGAUAUACAGCUAAGUACUGCACGAAUUUAGAAAUAGAUACAGAAUAAUGAUUCAUAGUGAAUUCAUGAAAGGUGCUCGCCUGAAAGUUGUCAGUCCGACACAUACUCGCAUGCGAAAGUUGCCCAGGUUUCAGAAUUACCUACCGGCGCUGGUGGUAACUGAAGAAACGGAAUGGAGCCGUAGUUCAGAUUAACCGCAUGAGAAGAAAAGAAAUAAAAGAUGAUAAAGAGUAAAGUUAGACAAAUUCAUGUGUAUUAACGUCUGAUGGUCAGAUGCUCGACUGAUAGACUAAACGGAUUAUUGUUGGAAAUGCGUCACUUUUAGUUUUAUCAGUUUCCAUGCUGCAAGUUUCACAUACGGGAAACUGUAGGGCGGAGAACUUUCGCAUGCGGACAAAUUGCCUAACGGGCAACUUUCGCAUCCGGGCACGUUUCCGACGGGCACUUUUCUGACGAGCAAAUUGCGCUUUACCGAUAAAAUCUGACUGUAACAAAGUCGUUCGUCUGCAUUUGCAUGCAUUUGUGGAGAAACAGAAAGCAGUUGAAAUAAUCUCCAUAUGGUAAGACCAGUUUCAUUGGAAGAAGUGCAAACGAAAGACGAAUAGAGAAAAUUAGUGUUAUUUUGAGAAGCUCUUUUCUUACAUUUGUGCAAAACUUUUAUUUUUGACUCUUAACCAAUUUACAUUCAGAUGCAGGGGUAGUUAGUUAUUGAAGUAUCACUGAACUCCACACGAGCAUAAUCGAUCUCAAUCCUUUUUGUUUCACAAGAAUCUAAGGUAGAAGCAGGAUUAAGUCACUUUAAUAAAUUCAGUUUCAAACACCGUCUAGGCACUGGUUUGUGUUUUAAGAUAGUUUUAAUCAGACGACAAACAUGAAAACUGUCUUGAAAAGGCUCAACUCUCCGGAAGUCUUCUUAAAUGAAUUAAUCAGGAGUAUGACAGAAAAUUGGAUGAUGAAUGCAGCGUUUCCAAUUGACAACAUAUUUAUCAUAAAUAUUUUUUACGAAUUUUCGACCCUAACUGUCAUUUUCAAGUAAAAAAGAUUUUAUCGCAAACAGAAUACAAACUAGUGAAUCCCAACACAAAGAGAGAAAAUUAAUAAAAAAAAUAGCAGUUUUAAUACUACUGUACAUCGGAAUCCAACAUUUACCGGAUUACUUACUGAAUGAAAUUCUAUGUAUUUGUACAUAGUUCGACUACAAAGCAGAGCACAUACAAGACUAGAAUCACCAUGUUAUUAACCGGUGAAGUUCUUUUCAGCUGUCCUUCGCCAGUGAGCAAAAUCAAAGGCGAAUUGUAGUACACAACUGUUCGUAGAAACAUGUGUAUAACGUAAACGUCCCUUGUUUAGUUUUAUACUUGUUAUCCGAUUAUAUGAGCUUGGGGGCCCCCCCCCCCCCCCCGAGAGAAGCAAAGCGGGGGGGGGGGGGGGGGGGG